AUGGCGACCGGCGGGAACCUGCCGGCCGCGGCGGCCGAGCUGACGAAAGUGCUGUCGCGGCUCAGGCACACGUUCGUCGUCGCGGACGCCACGCUCCCGGACUGUCCCCUGGUGUAUGCGAGCGAAUCGUUCUACCAGAUGACUGGAUACGGCCCGGACGAGGUCCUGGGGCACAACUGCCGCUUCCUGCAGGGCGAGGGCACCGACCCCGCUGACGUGGCGAAGCUGCGCGACGCCAUCCGCACGGGUAGCCCGGUCAGCGUGCGGCUGCUCAACUACCGGAAGGACGGCACGCCCUUCUGGAACCUGCUCACGAUGACGCCCAUCAAGACGCCCGACGGCAAGGUGUCAAAGAUCGUCGGCGUUCAGGUGGACGUGACGUCCAAGACCGAGGGCAAGGUGGCCGCCAGCCAGUCGCUGCUGCACCAGGACGCGCGGCUGCGCGACAAUGUGGCCUUUAACAUCGUGCAGGAGGUCACAAACACAGUGCAGAACCUGGAGACCGGGACUGCGCCUGAGCCCGGGACCAUCCCCACUGGCAUUGCGAAGGCCGGCCCCAAGUCGUUCCCCCGCGUGGCGCUGGACCUGGCCACCACAGUCGAGCGCAUCCAGCAGAACUUCUGCAUCGCGGACCCCUCCCUGCCGGACUGCCCCAUUGUGUACGCGUCUGACGCGUUCCUGGACCUGACGGAGUACCCCCGAGAGGAGGUGUUGGGCCGCAACUGCCGCUUCCUGCAGGGCCCGGGCACCGACCAAGCGGUGAUUCAGAAGAUCCGCGAUGCAGUCAAGGCCGGGGACGAGCUCACGGUGCGCCUCCUGAACUACAAGCGCAGCGGCACGCCCUUUUGGAACAUGUUCACCCUGGCCCCCAUGAAGGACAGCGACGGCGCAGUGCGCUUCUACAUCGGGGUGCAGGUGGACGUCUCCGCGUCCGCCGCCGCGGCCAGCGGCGCCGACAAGCUCCCGGCGUGGAGCGAGGUGCCGUCGGCCGAGGUGGAGGCCAAGGGCCACGGCGCGGCCAGCAUGAUCACCAGCGCGCUGGCGGGGCUGGGGCUGACGCCCAACCCGUGGGCCAAGCUGGGGGGCACGGUGAUGCGGCGCAAGCCCCACAAGGCGGCGGACAGGGCUUACCAGGAGCUGCUUAACGCGCAGGAGCGCGACGGCAAGCUGAAGCUGGCGCACUUCCGCCGCGUGAAGCAGCUGGGGGCGGGCGACGUGGGGCUGGUGGACCUGGUGCAGAUGCAGGGCACUGACAUGAAGUUCGCCAUGAAGACCCUGGACAAGUGGGAGAUGCAAGAGAGGAACAAGGUGGCGCGCGUGCUGACCGAGGAGGGCAUCCUCACGGCGGUGGACCACCCCUUCCUGGCGACGCUGUACUGCACCAUACAGACGGACAGCCACCUGCAUUUCGUGAUGGAGUACUGUGAGGGGGGGGAGCUGUACGGCCUGCUCAACGCGCAGCCCAAGAAGAGGCUCAAGGAGACGCACGUCAGGUUUUACGCGUCUGAGGUGCUGGUGGCCCUGCAGUACCUGCACCUGCUGGGCUACAUCUACCGCGAUCUCAAGCCCGAGAACAUCCUGCUGCACCACACGGGCCACGUGCUGCUCACCGACUUCGACCUGUCCUACGCGCGCGGCGCCACCAAGCCGCACAUCAAGGGCAAACAUCGAGCGGUUCCUGUACUGCGCCGCGCGUUUCCUCGCCCGUGCCACUCCGCCUCACUCUGA